GGUGUUCUCUAGCAUGCAUAAAGUGCUUACAACGAUGGCUAUUCGCUUUCCCAAUACCGCACUGCUACGCCGCACGGCGGCCGAGCUCCCGUCGCUGAUGCUAGCAGCGUCUGGGUCCGCAGAUCCAUCCGCCCACACCGCGCGCCACUUUGCUCUCUCCGCUCAAUUACAGCGUUCCACUGAGCCGAUCAUGUUGUCCUCUUCGCUCCGGGCUUCGAGAUCAAGAGCACAUAGGCUUGUAUGUCAACAAUGCGGCUGGCUACAAGCGCCUGCGAGUGCACAAAUCUCGAAAGCGGACAACGGCAGCCGGCUAAGCUUCAUCACCCGCUCGCGCCCAUUUGCGUCAUCCGCCACAUCCUGGAAGCCGCAUGCUUCGUCUGCCAAUGCAGCUCCUACAGUAACAGUCAAUAGUUCAUCGCAACAGCCGUAUAUCGCCAUCAACCCCUUGUCGUCAGGGUCAGAGGUCUUCCCCUUGUCCAUACCGCUCAGAGCAAACGACAUUAAUCUACCAACGGAGGCAUCCGUGGACGCUGGCGCGUCAUCAUUAAGAGCCAGCACAGACAAGACGUCGCCUGCGUGUGCUACGCUAUCGCCGAGCAGUCCAAGUGCUCCAAAGUCUCAGCAGAGCCCAUCUCAGCAGCAGAGGGCAGAGGAAGCCAAGGCUGCUGCAAAAGGAGCAGCAAAAACGUCAAUAUCGCCUUCAGAGAGCUUCAGCCGUAGAGGGGGCGCAGCCUUCCGGGCAAAGAAGGCUGCACUGAGCAUUACGGAGCAAGCCGUUGUAAGGUUACGCGCGCUCUCCGAGUCGCCCUCAGGGCCCAAGCUGAUCCGCAUUGGCGUGCGCAACAAAGGAUGCGCCGGCAUGAGCUACCACCUGGAAUAUGUCUCUCCAGAGCAAGCGGGCAAGUUCGAUGAGAAAGUCGAACAGGAUGGCGUCCAGGUACUGAUCGACAGCAAGGCGCUGUUCAGUAUCAUUGGAAGCGAGAUGGACUGGAAGGAUAACAAGCUUUCCUCAAAGUUCAUCUUCAACAAUCCCAACGUCAAGGAAGCCUGUGGCUGCGGAGAAUCCUUUUUGACAUAGAAUAAACGACACAACGAGCCCAUGCGGCGACACAUUGCUACAUAAGCGUUGUCUAAUUGAUGACCCUGUGUGCUGGAUUCUGUAUGCUACAAUUUGAACGUUUGCAACCUGCC